GUAAAUGGUGGCUUGUUGGUUCAUCAUGGACUGCUAAUAUGGUUGAUGAUCCAUCAACUUCAACAAUUACGCAACGCGUCGAGAAAAAUAAGUCAGCAACUGAAGCUUUAUUAAAGUUGGCUAAAGAACAAAAAAUGAAUACAGAUAUUAGAAGAAGUAUUUUUGUGGUCAUAAUGAGUAGUGAGGAUUAUGUUGACGCGUUUGAAAGGCUAUUGAAAUUAAGUCUUAAAGAAGUUCAAGAGCGUGAAAUUCCUCGUGUGCUAUUACUUUGUUGCGGAAAUGAAAAAACGUAUAAUCCGUAUUACGCAUUAAUAUCACAAAAACUUUGUGAACACGAUCAUAGUUAUAAAAUUACUUUUCAAUAUUGCUUAUGGGAUUUCUUAAGAGAAUGUGGAGAAAGUGAUAUCGGUGGUAUGGAGCUUGUUAAAAACACACCAUCAACAACUAUGGAAGACAUCCCACUAAGAAGAAUUGUGAACCUGAGUAAACUUUAUGCAUUAUUAUUAACUGGAGGUCAAUUAUCUAUAAUAAUUCUAAAGACCGAAGAUUAA